AUGAAUGCUAAAGAUAUUCGUUUUAAGGCUUUAAAUCAUAUCAAUGAUAUUUUGCAUUUGAUGGGACAUGAUAUUAAUGAAUAUAAUCUGAUUCCUGAGAAAAUUAAACCUUCAGCUGCUGUAAGAGAAACCAAUGACUGUCAUUUUGAAAGAAACAUCAUUGUUAGAGAAGAAGAUUUGCUUCUAGAGAGAAAAUUAAAUAUCGAACAACGAAAAGUGUAUGACACGAUUCUUAAUAGAAUAUUUUCUAACAAAUCAGGAGCAUUUUUCAUUGAUGGACCUGGAGGAACUGGAAAAACUUUUCUAUACCGUGCUUUAUUAGCUGCUGUACGAUCAAAAGGUUUUGUCGCUUUUAGCAACAGCAAGUUCAGUAAGCAAAGCACACUUGCAACUUUAAUACGUGAUGCAAAACUAAUUGUCUGGGAUGAAGUAUCUAUGGCAAAAAAGAAAGUGAUAGAAACUUUUGAUAUUCUGAUGAAGGAUUUAAUGGAUACAAAUGCUCUAUUUGGAGAAAAAGUGGUCGUUUUCGGUGGUGAUUUUAGACAAACUCUCCCAGUUGUUAGGAGUGGAAAAAAAGAAGAUUUUAUUCAAGAAAGCUUAUUAUAUUCUGAAAUUUGGAAUCAACUCGAAAAACUACAAUUAUCAGAGAAUAUGCGUGCAAAAACAGAUCCUACGUUUUGUGAAUAUUUGAUGAGAAUAGGAAAUGGACAAGAAAAAACAAAUAGCCAUGACAAAAUUGAAAUCCCUGAUGUUUUGUUAUCCCUUUCGUUUCUGAAAAUCAAUCAUUAG